AUGUCAACAGAAAAGCAAAACGUCAGCUCAAAAAACCCUCAGCAGAAGGGUCUAUUUAAAGUCUCGAAAGGUCCUAAAGAAGAAAAACAGAUAUUCUCUGAUAAGGAAUUCAAAGGUCUGUUAAUGAGCGGGGCGUACAGGUGCUUCUGGAACAGAAUUUUUUUAACUGGUCCAUUUGGUGUGGGGAAAACUAGUUUAGCUAAAAUUUUAGUUGGAGAUGAGGCUCCAGAAGAACGGAAAUCUACGGAUGGAACCAUAUUGAAUGCCACAGUUCAAAGCUUACUUAGGAGUAAAGAAGUGACAGCUACAGUAGGUGCUGAUAAAUCAGUUAAUGAUAAAGAAGAUCUCGAUACAGUAAAACAAAGCGAGGAGACGAAGAAUCAAGAUGUUGUAACCUCUAUUCCGGAUGCAGGUGAAGUAACACAUAGCGGGAACAAGUCAAAACCAGGUGCUCUUAAAUCUCAGGACAAUAUUCCACAUGCUGUCAAAAAGAAGUCAAAGUUCCAAGCAUUCCUCGAUCUCCCAAAUCGAUUACAGAAAGCAUUUAAAGGUAAAACGCCCUCACAUAUCGAAACUGCAGAUGGUAGAAGUGCAAAGAUGGACGAAACGAACAGAGACGAAAACUUGACUGUCAUAGACAUGUCAGAAGAGGCAAUAAUUGAGCUUGUCCGUUCUCAAUGUACUCUAGGACAGUACGAAAUGGUAAUAGUACCUAUAGACCUGUGGGAUUUUGGUGGUCAGAAAAUCUACCAUAUGACUCACCAGCUAUUCAUAACUAGUAGGGGGACAUUCCUGUUGAUCUUCAAUGGCAGCAGAGAUAUACACGAAGACAUACCAGAUUAUACAGAACUCCCCGGAUGUCAGGGGCUAAGAAACACAGCAGUAUAUCUUAUCCAUUGGGUCAAUUCCGUUCUCACGUAUUGCAAGAUUUAUGUAAACAAUGCGUACCCGAAAAUUGUAUGUGUGGCAACCCACAAAGAUCUGGGUGAUGUUGAAGAACAGAGAACCUCAUUAGAAAACUCAAUCGAAGAACUCUUUCAAAACCAUGGAGGAAAAAAUCAUCUUGAAUACAAACCACUUAUCUUUGUUAAUGCAAGAAACAAGGAUGACAAAGAAAUAACCACAUUAAAGAAAUUGUUAGUAGACGUUGCAUUAGACCAUCCUCACUGUGGAGAAUUUAUGCCAACAAAGUUUGUACCCCUGGAACUUCAACUAGCAAGAAAAGUAGAGAAAAACAAGAAAAUACUUACAAUGGAUGAACUGAAUGACAUGAACAAGCAGAACGACAAAAUGGCUUUGACCCCUGUUCAACUUAAAUCGUUUCUAAAGGUUAACCAUGCUCUGGGAAAACUGAUCUAUUUUGAUGAAGCUUGCCUUAAAGACAACAUUAUAAUAGAUCCUGUGUUUUUGGUGGAUGUACUACGUUCCAUUGUCACUGAUGACCAGUUUUGGCCAGAUCACCUCAAACAAAUACUAAAAGCUCUCAAAGAAAGCGGAAAACUGUUGAAAACAGACUUACAUGAAAUUUGGAAGCAAGACUGUUUUCGUGAGAUCUGGGCACAUAAUGAUUACAUAGUGGACAUGUUGGUUCAUUUGGACAUUAUUUGCAGACAAAAAGACGAUGAAGAUGGAUCGGAGUUUUUUUUGGUGCCAUGCAUGAUUAGUACCAAAAGAGAAGAGAGACCACAGAUAGACCAUGACAGAAGCCUCGUUCUGGCUUACAGGUUUAAGGAGGAAGUUGUACCACCAGCUAUUUUGUACAGAUGCAUUGCCACUUUCAUAUCAAUAUGGAAGUUACGUGUCAGUGCCAAAUCCAGUCGGCUGAUGAUAUUUACAGACAGUGCUGAUGUAAGAAUUGACAGGGACCAUGAUAUGAGAUUUGACAUUCAGGGAAACAGAUUCAUUGUUUCCCUCAUACACAAAGACACCAAAAUCUCCAUUAUACCAACAAUUGCAUCUACAGCCCAGGAAUGUCUAACACAUGCUAUCACAAACAUUUCUAAUUUCUAUUUCUCAGUUUCUGAAGAUUCUGAUUGCACUAGAGAUUUGCCGUUUAAUAUUCAGAUGGGUAUUGCUUGUGGAUCAGACCUUUGUUUUUUUGACCACACAUUGUCAUCAAAUAUGGAAUGGACAUGUCCAGAACACAAGACAAAACACAAAACAAAAGAUGUGUCAAUAUGGUUUGCAGACAAGUUACAUACACAAGAUGACAGGUGCCCUGCAGAUUGUACUGGCUUAGACAAAGUAUGGUUAGACCGUCAGCCUGAGGACAAACAUCUUGGAAGACUAGCAGCUAAACUAACACAUGAAGACACAAGGAAAAUAUAUAUGCGUUUACAGGAAGUCGAACCAUCUCUGCAAUGGGACAUUAUAAACGAAUCGAGCAAGAGAGAAGGGUUCUACAUAAAAGUUAAUGCUCUAUAUGAAUGGAAGGAUAGUUCAAAAUAUGCCUCAUUUAACCAGCUGCAACAGAGUCUGAAAGAUGAAGAUAUAAACAUCCACAAAUUAUGUCAGAUUUCAAGAGAGGUUCAAAAAGAGUUUGAUCAACCAAUAGACAAGUUGAAACUUAAACCAUCAGAUUCCAAUAUACAACAAUUACCUGAUCAUAUUGGUAACAAAACAUUCCAGCUUGGAAUAGAGCUUGGACUUUCUGUUGUUCAGAUGCAACAGAUUGAAAGCAAUCAUGUGACCAAUCUUCGUAGCCAAACAGAGGAGGUCCUUAACAAAUGGAGGAGACUUCCAGAAGCUACCUAUGAAGUUUUAGAGAAAGCCCUCCAUCGUCUUAGAUUAUCUCGCGUUUUAUCCUACUUAACAUAUGAAGAAGAAUUAGAGGAACAAGUGAAAAGAAAAUUAGAUGAGGAAGUGGAAGCAGAAUUGGAGGAGGCAGUGGUAGUGAGAUUAGAGGAGGAAUUGACAGAUGACAGACGCAGCAUAGAACAACACGUUAGACAAGAUGAUCAGAAUAAAGCCUUGCUUCAUGACGUCAUUCAUAGGGAAGAACCUACCUAUACUGUGUUUAUUGAUGCACUCCGAACAAGUGGAUACACAGAUCUAGCGAAUGAACUGAAAAGUAAUGGACAGGAAGAAGGCUCAAGUGCAGCUAUAGUACAAACUGAAAACAUAGAAAAUAAAGUUAAAACAUCUGCCGAGGGUUAUGCUGUUACUAAUUAUCGUAAUGCUGUUACUGAUUAUGGUUAUUCUGUUACUGAUGAUGGUUAUGGUGUUACUGGUUACGGUUAUGAUGUUACUUUUAUCAGAUAUAGUGCUGACAAUGAAAUAUUCUCAGAAGGUACACAACAAGGCUGUAACAGGAGAGGACACUGA